ACUACUAUUAAUCCCCCGGGCGCGGUAAAUAUAGAUAGUAUAAAUAAUAUGCUUUUUCUACCCCUAGUUAGUAUUACUACUACCACUGGGCUGUCUCUGUUCUGGAUUAUCUAUAAUACGGGCUGCUGUACUCUGUAUAACUGUAUAUUCUAUUCUAUUAUCUUCUAUAAUACUACUAGUAUAUCUAUCUACUGUAUAGAGCUACUACUACUGGACUAUCUAGCUUUCUAUUACAGCCUCCUCCUAUAG